AGACAUGCCAGGGCUGCUGCUUCCCCACAGGCCGUGCAGCAGCUAGUAGGCCAGGUUGGCAUUGCUGGCAGGAGCAGCCAGGAUUCCUUUCUGACUGGAUGUUCCUGUCCAAAACUCCAACCUCUUCCAUGGCACAUUUGGCUGCCCUCCCUGCAGUCAGGCCUGGAUGAAGAGCAGAAGAGAGCCACUUCCAGUCACUGCCUGUGAGAGAGCCUGGCUGGGUGUGUGUGUGUUCCCUGCAGGGCUCAGCUUUUGGGAACAGGGUCAGUCUCUCACCAUGCUAGAGGGUGGGAUCGUACAGCUCAUUUGGCUGCUGCCCUUGAAGCUGAGCCGUGGUGUUAGGCAGCCUGAUGCUACAGACAGAUGUUCUACCCAGCGGUAGCUGCUUGUGGGCCCGUAGCUGGCAGGAGGCCUGCCCAAGAGUCUCACUGCAUUGCAGAUUAGUGUCCCAGAGGUGGGUGGCAAAAUGGAUCCAAAUGUUUCGUGAGCUGGAUCCUUCCUGUGGGGCUUAUUUGGUCCGCCAUGAGUCUAAAGGUCUGUGUGCUCUGUACCAAAUAUUCUUGGUUUAAUGCAUGUAAAUGCUAAUUCCUCGUGUCUGCUUGGUAACAUUUAAACUGUUUAAUUAUGAUCUCAAUUUCAUAAUUACCUUUUUACAAAAGGGACUGUGUUUUGUCAAUACGGUAUACCAAAGGAUUUUUUCUUUUGUCAAAGAACAUACUUGAAAGAAAGUGGAUGUUAUUGUAUUAUUUUAAUAGUUUUCUUGCUGAGAUAUUUCAUUCAGAUGUAUCCAGGGAAAUUCUCAUAUUGCCAUGUUUAGAUUCAUAUAUUUUGAACUAUUCUCACAUUUCUAAGAACCUCUUAUUUUGUAAUCCUCCCAAAGAUUAAAGUUCAGUUCAAAGUUUGGAAGAGAUAAAAGGAAAAAGUAAAUAGAGCCAUAAAACCUCAACCAGAUUGCACACCAGCUAUAAAUAUUUGCCUCUUAUAGGAGUGAUUUACCAUUUUCUUUAUCCAAGUGGAAGGUAGGAGCCUGAACGUGUGUAUUGGAGCAGCAGAAACUGAACAUAGAAGAUUCUUGACACGAGAGAAACUGAAUGAACAAUGGAGCCAUCAAAUAAAUAUAUGUUCAAACAUAAAGGAACUUAUUUUGCAGAAGACGUUACCACAGCUGAAUACAUAGAUUCACUGGAGGAUUUUGAAAUCAGAGACAGUGAUGUAUUUGUGGCUACUUUUCCAAAAUCAGGAACUGUGUGGAGUCAGAAUAUUUUGAGCCUGAUUUAUCAUGAAGGCCAUCGGGAUGGAACAGAAAAUAUAAAUGUAAUAGACAGAGUUCCAUGGCUGGAGUAUAACAUAAAUAACAUGGAUUAUGUCAAUCGUCCAUCACCUCGUCUCUUUGUUACUCACCUGCCUCACAAUUUAGUUCCAAGAGAUCUCAGGAACAGAAGAGGAAAAGUUAUUUAUGUUGCCAGAAACCCUAAGGAUGUCGUGGUUUCCUAUUUUCAUUAUUCCAGGCUUGCUGCCAAACUCGAGACAAUAUCAGAUUUUAACAUUUUACUGGAGAGGUUUUUAGCUGGGAAAGUGGUUUCUGGCUCAUGGUUGGAUCACAUCGGAGGCUGGUUCACCCACAGGGAUGACUUCAACAUUCUCUUCCUUACCUUUGAGGAGAUGAAGAAGGAUCUCAGAGGCGCUGUGCUGAAAAUCUGCAAAUUCUUAGGAAAGCAGCUAACAGAAAAUGAGCUGGACACAGUUGUGGAAAUGGCUUCAUUUGAUAACAUGAAAUGGGAUGCCAGGGCAAAUUAUGAAAACAUGCCAGAAAGUUUCCUGGAACAAGGCAAAGGACAUUUUCUUCGCAAAGGGACCAUUGGAGACUGGAAGAACACAAUGACUGUGGCGCAGAGUGAAAGGUUUGACAGCGUUUUUAAGGAAAAAAUGAAAGAGCUGCCUUUCAAGUUCAUCUGGGAUAUUAAUGAAGAUCUCUAGUGUGGGCUCAGUUGGAGACAGGUGACAGUAUGCCACAGGGAAUGAAAACAUCUCUUUGUCAUGGGUGUUCAUAAAAAUCCAUUGUUCUGCGCAAUUAAAGAUUUGAAACCUGCAAAA